GCAGUUUACUAGUGUUGGGACAAGAUAAUCAAUCACUGGAUGCAGGCGAAAGGUGGAGUUGCAAGGUUUGGGCCGGCAAGUGAGCAGACAGAGAGAGUUUGGUAGGCCUCCAUCCACCAAAUUCUCGACCGGAUCGCUCGACCGCGUGCGGCUCCAUGCAUCUGCAAUUCUGCAUCGACGGAUUCGGCUCGAAUCGCAUCGACGGGGCAGAUCAGGGUUUGCCAGUUUGGGGAUCCUGUUUAAAUCAGGGGGGACAACCUGCGUGUGCGACGGCAGAUGGAGGAUCGCCCCUCUGAUCUCAAGCUCGGUGGUAGCAGCCGCCGAGGAUCCGGAGAAGCCUCUGCUGCUGCUGCUGCUGCUGAUGGGACGGACACAACAAGCGCAUGGACCGGUGGAAAGAAGCCCAAGAUCCAGAGCACACCAACCUCUGGCUCUGGGGAUAUGGGCAAGGUUGCGAGGGAUGACGAUGAUGAUCAUUCUUCUGCCAAGAUUAUUGUCCGAGAGCAAGAGCAAGGGCCAGAGCAAAUCGAAGGCAUUGAUUGGGAUCAGGAUAAGCUCGACGAGAAGAUCGACUGUUAUCUUCAGCAGUUGAACCGUGGCCUCCCUGAUAGCGACGAUGAUGACUUUUGGGUUCACUGUGAUGACAGACAGCGCCGGGAGAUGAACGAACGGCUCGCCCUGUGCCGGAUCAGAGCACAUGAGGAGGAACACCGGAAACUGGACGAUGAAAGUCUGAAAGCGAUCUACCCUGCGAAUGUUCUUGAAGACGAGGAGUACUACGAGUCGUAUGAGCUCGAUUUCGAAUGGUACUUUGAUCCUCAAUACUGCAACUAUGCUCGCUUGCAAGACUACCAGCGGCUUAUGCUUCGGAACAAUGCAGUGGGAAUCUAGAAAUGAAUUGCAGGUUAUUCAUAGCUGAUAGUUUGGCACUGGAUGUACUGCUUUGGAAUGGCAUUGAUGCCAUGCACAAGGUUACUGGCAAUGGGUGUGCUAGGUAACGUUUUCAUUGUGCAUGGGGAGUAUGAGGACUGGGAAGAAUACCGAAAAACCUGCAGUACGCUUGAAGGUGACCAAGCAUCUGUCCAGUUGUGGGAAAGGUUACUAAGUAACACUAAGGUAGAAAUGAUGUGACCAAUUGCGAAAUUCUAGUCAUAUGUUGUCAUGGUGUGAUUGCUCUUUUUGUCAUGUGCAGUUGAUUGAGUUCUUCCUUACAGACAACUCAUGUGAGGUAAACAUCCCAAAAUAGUCUGUUGUGGUUAAUCAUCGUUGUUUAUUGUAAUAUGUUUGAUUCUAUGAAGUUUCACACAUCACGUUCUAAAGCUGUUUUGUUGUUUAGCUGCUAAAAAUUGAGAGUGUGGCCUUCUAUCACGCGCUGAAGAUAGCAGCAGAACUGUCCUGCCUUUUUAAGGCUCUAAUUCACUUCGGCUUCACUGAAUUUAUGUGGAGUGUUCGCUAUGAUAAUACUUGGUAUAAAUACUAUGUUGUUUUCUUUGGUGAGAUCUGGAAGAGGGUUGCUAAGCAAAAGAUGAAUUUUAAAGAGGCUUUGAAGGAAGUGUAUUAUGAAGGAAAGUAUACCCUGUGUAAUUCUGAAUGGAAAACUGAGUUUGAGAGCGACGAUCCUAAUCCUGGUCCUUUGGAACGUCUUGUAUGUUACCCAAUUCGCUUAUCAUUUCAUCUCUCUAUCUCUCUAGUUUUAUCAUCGGUAUCUAAUUCACAUUGGUUCACAUUGAUGAAAAGGCUGAAGAAGGUCCUGCUUAUCAGUUGAUCAUGGAAGCUGUUAAAAAAAUUGUUUGUAGAUUUUUUUUUCCCGAGAUGUUAGAUGUACCACUAUUCUAGGUUUCAAUGCAUGCCCAAAUUCACUGUUACUAAUAAUGUGGAAGCUAAAUUUACUUUCAGAUUCCAAAACACAAGACGUAAUACGGUUACGCCAAAAAGAAGUUGGGCAUGCAAAAGAAAUUGGUGUCAGGUUCUACGUGACAGAACAUUUCAGAGGUCGCAGUACAUGGAGCAGGGGUGAGCGGGAGGUUAUUGCCAGGUUAAGGAUAAGAAACUGCUGGCAAUUGAAGUUGAUGUGCAAUUUCUACAGUGUUUACUUGGUUCCCAGUAUGUUAACUAAUGUGGUUCCUAAGAUACGCUUGAUUUUGGUCGGCGCCGAUAAUUUUGCGAGGAGAGUUUCUGUAGAAAUUCAAACGGGUCCCAACUCCCAACAUGCUUUCUGCAACAAACACGCGAAAGAGUUGUUGGGCCUGUUGUGGACCACGGCAAAGGAUUGUGGGCCGGCAAUUCUCUCGAUUUAUUGAUCCAUUCAAAGGCGUGCAGCAUAUGCGAGCAUAUUAUACCGCCAGAUCGAUCGGGCGGUGGCGUGCCCACGUUCAUGCACCGACCGAUCGGGCGGCUGUGCCAAACCACUGGAGGGCGCCCAGUACGGUAGGCGGGCAGGCAACGGGUCAGGUUUUGUUGCCGUCUGCGUAAACGUUAAUAAGCACAUGGGCAUGGCGCGAUGCAACGGUCACCUGCAAACUCCAAAACACAAUGUGCCAACCUAACUCUCCCGCGUUACUCUUCUUCGCAAGCAACGCAACCACCUCAACCUCGCCUCCAGGAUUCCAUAGCUCCAGCUCCCGCGCGUUAAAUAGAGGCUAUGGGCGUGCUCCUUCCUUGGUCACCAGCAUCCACCAAACCAACACCAAGCUCUCUCUGCCCAUGGCGUCGCGUCUUGUGCUCGUGUUCCUGGCGCCCCUCCUCGCGCUGCUCUUCGUCUCCGGCGCUCUACAGGCUGCUGCAGCCUCGACCAAUGGCACUGCCUCGACCGAGUUCAGCCUCGACCGCGCCGGCGGCAGCGUACUCGCAGCUCUGCCAGCGGUGGCGCGGCUCCUCGCGCGGCUCCUCGUGCCCGGCGCUCUAGAGGUCGAAGACGGAGCCGCCGCCGGGAUCUGGGACACGUCAUCGCUGCUGGGCUCCAGCGUGUUCAGCCUCGACCGCUACGGCGCGCGCGGCGACGGGCGGCACGACGACACCCGCGCGCUGGCCAGGGCGUGGCGGGCGGCGUGCGCCUCGCGUCGGCCGGCCGUCGUGCUCGUCCCCCGCGGCAGGCGCUACCUGCUCAAGGUCAUCACCCUCCACGGCCCCUGCAGGUCCAGCGUCGCGGUCGCGGUGAAGGGCACGCUGGUGGCGUCGCCGAACAGGGACGACUGGAGCGAGAAGGAGAGGAGGCACUGGAUCGUGUUCCGGCGCGUCGACAGGCUCACCGUCGACGGCGGCGGCGCCGUCGACGGCAACGGCGAGACGUGGUGGAAGCACUCGUGCAAGAUAAACCCGGAUCUGCCAUGCAAGGGGGCUCCGACUGCUUUGUCGUUCCACUUGUGCAAGAAUUUGAGGGUGGAGGAUCUGAAAAUCGUCAACAGCCAACAAAUCCACGUGUCGGUCGAGGACUGCACCAAUGUGCAACUGGCACGUCUGUCCAUCACUGCUCCUCACUCCAGUCCUAACACUGACGGCAUCCACAUCACUCGCAGCAAAGAUGUGAAGGUCACCAACUGCAAGAUCAGGACUGGAGACGAUUGCGUGUCAAUUGAGGACGGGACUCACAAUCUUCAUGUCUCGAAAGUUGUGUGCGGACCGGGCCACGGGAUCAGCAUCGGAAGCCUUGGAGAUCACAACUCAUGGGCUCAAGUCUCUGGCAUUACCAUAGACACGGUGCAGUUAUACGGCACAACCAAUGGAGCACGCAUCAAGACAUACCAGGGAGGAAGUGGUUACGCUAAGGAUAUCACAUUCCAAAACAUGAUCAUGCACGCUGUCGACAACCCGAUAAUCAUCGAUCAGAACUACUGCGACAAGGCUACUCCAUGCGAAGAACAGAGAUCGGCAGUGGAGGUUAGCAAUGUGGUCUUCAAGAACAUCAGAGGGACAACCAUGACCAAGGAUGCCAUUAAGCUGAACUGCAGCAUGAGCGUCCCAUGCCAUGGCAUUACCUUGCAGAACAUUGACCUGAGAAUGCAUAGCGGCAUGGGCAACACAGUAAGCACGUGCCAGAAUGCAAAAUGGAGGAAAUAUGGGACCGUCCGCCCACAGCCCUGCACUGCCAAAACCUAUGAAAUAUUGGAAUUGAGCAGCAUUUAAAAGCUAGGGUACGCAGAAAGUAGUAGUAAAAUGGCUGUGUUUGUUACAGUACUUGUGAAUUGUUGUUGUAACAUUCCUGUAAACUCUUGUACACAAAGCAACAACAAUUGAUACUUCAGGGUUAAUGCAUUUGAUAUUGGCAGA